AUGGUGGCUUUCCACGAGCUAACAGUUCCUCUCUUUUCCUUCAUUCUGCUCAUCCUCUUCCUCAAGAGGCGGCGCUCCACCGCCGGAAAAAUAUUUCCGCCGUCUCCAAGAAAGCUUCCGAUAAUCGGAAACCUCCACCAGCUCGGAAAAUCCCCGCACCGCUCCCUCCUUACACUCUCAAAGCGCCACGGCGAGCUCAUGCUGCUCCACCUCGGCAGCAAGCCGGUCCUGGUGGCCUCCUCCGCGGCUGCAGCCCGCGAGAUAAUGAAAAACCAAGACCUCAUCUUCUCAAACCGGCCCAAGCUAAGCGCCCCGGACCGCCUCACCUAUGGCUCCCGGGACGUGGCCUUCUCCCCCUACGGCGAAUACUGGCGCCACGUGCGGAGCAUCUGCGUCCUGCAGCUGCUCAGCAACAGGCGGGUCCAGUCCUUUCGCCGCGUCAGGGAGGAGGAGACGUCCCUCAUGAUCGAGAGGAUCGCGAGGUCGCCGGCAGGGGCGGCGGUGAACCUGAGCGAGGAGCUGGUGGCGACGACGAACGACGUGAUAUGUAGGGUGGCGCUGGGGAGGAAGUACGGUGGCGGAGGGGAGGAGAGGAGGUUUAAGAAGUUUCUGAGUGAGUUUGUGGAGCUGCUGGGAGCCUCGCCGGUGGGGGAUUUGGUGACGUGGCUGGCGUGGGUGGAUCGGGUAGGGGGGUUGGAUGCGAAAGUGGAGAGGGUUGCGAGGCUGUUUGAUGAAUUCUUGGAGCAUGUGGUGAGAGAGCAUAGAGAGGUGGAGAAAUCAGGGAGAGUUGAUGAUGAAGAAUUGGAUUUUGUUGACAUAUUGCUGCAGUUUCAGAGGGAGAAUGAGAAAACAUCACCUGUUGAAGAUGAAACAAUCAAAGCUCUCAUCCUGGAUAUGUUUGCUGGUGGAACUGAUACGACGGUUUCUUCUAUGGAGUGGACGAUGGCCGAGCUUAUAAGAAAUCCAAGAACCAUGAAAGUAUUGCAAAAUGAAGUGAGAGAAGUAGCUAGAAACAAGGUAGAAGUGGACGAGGAGGACUUAGAGAAAAUGCCAUAUUUGAAAGCCGUAAUGAAAGAGAGUCUUAGGCUUCAUUCGCCGGUCCCAUUAUUAGUCCCUCGAGAAUCAACAGAGGACACUAAGGUGCUAGGCUGCGACGUCGCAUCAGGCACCCGUGUCAUGGUCAACGCUUGGGCGAUUAGUAGGGACCCGUCGUUGUGGGAGAAUCCCGAAGAAUUUUGUCCAGAAAGGUUCCUUGACACGAGCAUCGAUUAUAAAGGGCUUCAUUUUGAGUUCAUACCAUUCGGAGCUGGCCGGAGGGGCUGCCCGGCCGUGGCGUUUGCGAUGUCCGUUAAUGAACUGGCAAUAGCCAAACUGGUGCACAAGUUCAACUUUGGAUUGGCUAAUGGAGGGAGAGGAGAGGAUUUGGAUAUGAGUGAAACCAUUGGAAUUGCAGUCCAUAAAAAGCUUCCUUUACUUGUUGUAGUGUAAAAUUCUUGUUAGGCCAUUCCCUAUAGAGUGAUGCUAAAUGACCAUAAUAUGGUCAGCCAUAAAAAUAAAAUAUUAAUAAA